AUGCAUCUGCAUCACAUUGAGAAAUGUUGUUUUCAAAUUCAUCACCUACUUGCUCAUACAAGACUGCUAUCAAAAGUCAACAAUUUCUCUGCAGAUUCAUUAGGUUUCCAAUUUCAAUUGCCCCCGAAAUUAAACAAAAACCCAAUGCACAAUUUCUAUUCAAAUUUCAAGGUAGCUGAGCUUUUCCUAUUUCAUUUUCUUCAUAGUCAUGUAUUUCAUACCGCUAAGGAUCAUUUUUAA